AUGAGUAAUACCAGUACGGCAACACAGGCAUCGACUGAUGAUGCUCUGAUGCGAAAGCAGCUAUGGGAGGGAGCCAUUCCUACCGUGAUUAAUAUACAUUCGGAUCAAAUAGCAUCGUUUCAACAACCGUUUCCGUAUUAUGUCAUGAUUCCAAGACAAUCCUAUCUAUCUCUAUUAAUUGAGAGAGUAAAGUCUCACUUUUCUGAUUUUGUUUCGGGAUUCGAUUCCGAUCAGCUUUGGUUUAGUUUUAAUUCAAUUCCGAUGCAAUGGCAUGUACCAGCAGGAGUGUUAUAUGAUUUGAUGGGAAUAUUAGAUCCUGAUUCACUGAAAUUACCAUGGACAUUGGUUGCAAAUUUUGGAGGAAACUUUCCAAGUGAUACUGUGGUGCGUUGCAACAGUGAAGAAGAUGCUCAAUGGAAUCAUCUCAACAACAUUAAGGAAUGCAUGUAUAUACGUUUCAACUCGACAUCGGCCAUGAUGACUCUCAGCAAUGAAGAUCAAAAAGAAUUAUGGCAAACCGUCAAGACACAAAACGAACCAAGUUUUACAAAAUUACUUGAAAAGAUCAAACAAGGUUCUAAAAUAUCAUCUGUGGAAGAAAUGGUCUAUGCCAUUCGAGUGUAUACGCCCAUUAAAAAACAAGGAUCAAGUCAUAAGGAAGGAAGCUCGGAUUCCACUCACAACGGUCAACAUGAUCAUAAAAAAGGUGAACACGCACUCAAAUACAAGAAGAAUAUGAUUUGUGUGAAACGGGAGGCUGCCAAAACGCUCACACUGCAAGGAUUUCUCGAUCAACAUGUCAUUCCUCGGUUAAAGAAGAUUGGAUAUUUUGGAGAACAGCAAGAAACAACAAUUUUCAGUAUUGAAAGAGCAGUUGUUCAAGGAGUUGAACCUCAUCGAGAGACGGAGCUGUUGUGGCUCAUUGAAAAUUGUGCACAUCCUGAUGGUUUUCUUUACAUGUGUUGUAAAUAA